CCCUUCCGAAAUGACCAGGUGCCAGAAUGCCGCUCUUGUCAGCUUUAUAGCCCUCUUUCUCUUCCGUUACGUUCGCGCGGUCCUCCACCUGGUGGCUACAUAAUGAACAAGCCAGCCUCAGUCCCGGAAAAGCCAUCAUAUACUGCGGCGGACGUGACAGUUGUGGUGACAACUGUCGACAUCUCUCAUAUGGCGAUACACGCUGUCGUCCGUUCGAUCUUAGAGCAUGAGGUAAAGGCUUUGAUUAUUACCACAGCCGGCAGCGGUAUUCCCGCUCAAAUCUCAUCUUUCAACACCGUGUUUCGCGACCAAAGGAUCCUGUUGCUACACCGCGCGGAGCCAAAUCAGCACGAGCAGACAGCUGCGGCAAUGAAGCACGUCACGACUCGGCUCCUUGUUCUUUCUAACGACCAUACGUACUGGCCCUCUUCACCAAGGUUCCUACCGUCUCUUCUCGCUCCAUUCGAGGACCCCAAGGUCGGCGCGGUGAGUCCCAUCACCCCAUCUCAUUCCGCGGAUUCUGGAACUUCUGGGGAACGAUUUAUCUCCAACAAUAUGGCCGCGCGUUGAUGGCCUCAAAUACCAUCGACGGCGGAGUAACCUGCCUCCCGGGCCGCUUUGGUGUCUUUCGCUCUUCAAUUUACGCGUCGUCCGACUUCCUCUGCCACUACCUGAAUGAAUACAGUUGGUGGUU